AGGGAGGGAGAGUAGGGGAGAAAUAUCAGCCCUCAACCCAGGCACGUGCCCCGACUUGGAAUUGAACUUGCUUCCUUUUGGUUUGCAGGCCAGGGCUCAAUCCACAGAGCCACACCAGCCAGGGCCUUAGGUGAGGAUUUUUAAAAAUUAAACAAAACCAAACCAGGAUGUCAUUGUGAGAAAAUGAUAAGGAAACACAGGCCCUAAUGGCUGGUGUGUGUUCCUCAGGCUGGAGGGCUUCGCUGAAGCCCUGGCAGGAGGUCCUUCCCCUCCCCCACCCCGACAACCAAACGAGGGGCUUCCGGGACUUCACGGGUGGGAAGACGGCGGUGCCCCACAGCCCAGCGGCAGAGCUGGGAUUCGAACUCAGGCGCCUGGGUUCCAGAAACUCUUCGUCACCCUAUUCUGGGCCUAAGUCUGUCCGGUAUAGUGCCUGUGGUAAACUCCGGUCACACGGGUCAGAGGGUCUCACCCAGCCAUUGUGGUUUUUUUAAGAUUUUGUUUAUUUUUAGACGGGAAAGGGAGGAAGACAGGGAGAGAGACAUCAGUGUGGUCGUCUCUCACACACCCCCUACUGGGGACCUGGCCAGCAACCCAGGCAUGUGCCCUGACUGGGAAUCGAACUGGCGGCCUUUCAGUUCGCAGGCCAGCACUCAACCCACUGAGCCACACCCGCCAGGGCAGAAUUCACAGCUAUAAUAGUUAGGCAGACCUUUGGCUGCAAGGAAGAGCGGUCAGUGAAGGGCGAUUUGAACAACUUGGGUUUUCUUUUUCCCACGCGUUGGGCAGUCGAUGGCUUGUAUUCUUUCUAUCCCCACACUGCCCUCAGAGAGCCAACACUCCGCCCUACUGUUCCACGUUCCUGGAACGUUAGUUACUCUUGUUCUCAACGCCUCAGUGCCAUAAACAGCUGCUGCAGCUCCAUCCUUCACUCUACUGAGGGCAGCAAGGAGAGAGAAGAGCUGCCCAGGCUGUGUCUGCUCCCUUUGAGCCCCACACUGGACUUCCGAGACAUCACUGACCAGGACUGGGUGGCGUGCCCACCGCUAGCCGCAAGGCAUGCUGGGCAAGUGAGGAGCAGGGGUGUCAUGGUCGGCUCAGGUGCACAGGGAUUCAGGGCCAAUAGAAGAAAAUUAGUCCUCUGAGCAGGCGGAGGGAGGGUAGACUUGCCCCGACAGUGCGGAAGGAGGUUAGAACACACUGUUGGGAGCGAUCUCGUCACCGACACGGGGUGUGCGAUGUGCGUUAUCUGCUUAGAAGCAAGCCUGGAGAGUACCUGGCAGGGUCCUGCUGCGACCUGGGACUGGGCAUGGCCUGUCCUCGUGGAACUUACCGGCCUCCUCCGCCCGGGGAAGCAGCGGACGGCGAAAGCAGGCAGCGUGGAGGAACGCUCUUCAGAUCCCCGACUUGGGAAAUGUGUUUGGGAGAACAGAGAGGCACGGAGACCUGCCCAGAGGCACAUGAACAGCAGGAUCCAGGCCCGGCGGCUGGGGAAGAAAUGUCACAAGUGGGACCCCUCUCCAGGAACCUCAUUUUGUGCACCUUCCUCCAGGAGCACGGCCUGCAGACUGUGGGGGUUCCCGACACGACCAGUCUCCUCCACUUCAGCCCGGAGCCCCUUGGAUGACAACAGGGGACGUUCAGCCUGGGACACUGUUUUCCUGAGGUCCCACGGGGUAUCGGCACACAGUGACAUCCCUCAUGAGAUGGCCAUGCGGCUGGCCUUUAUCGGGGACGAGUUGGAGGUGAGAUGGAUGCCGCCCCGCGUCGCCCAGAUGCCCUGGAUGGCCGUGUACAGCUUGGCUUUCACCUACACCCAGACGGGCCUGAGGGGCGUUCUGAGAAGUUUCCUGGGUGGCUUCACCAACCUCAGAGGAAACAGAAGGUUCUGGAGCUUCCUGACCCUCAGGGACAGGGUGUCUCCCAGCCUCGGGCGCAAGCUGUCCCUGCUGCUGCUGCUGGCGCUGCUGCUCGACUGGGGCGUCCAGGUCCUCCAGUGAGGCGCUGCGGGCGGCGCCGGGGCGGGGCUGGCCCCGCCCCUCGACUACCACCCUGGAGGUGGCCUUGUUGGUGUUGUUGUCUUUUUAACUUUCUUAUGACCCCUUUUUUAUAUUUAAAUUCUGAGUGCUGGGUCACUCCUGAGGUUUCAUACUUGUGUUUUGGGGUUUUGGGGGGUUUUUUUGGUAAGAGAAAUGAAUUACACCCUCAUGGGUCUUUAUGGUUACCUGCUACCCAGGUCCCAGCCCGCUCCACCAUGGCGGUCCGGGGAAGGAGCUUGCCUUUCAUGGGCGGGGCCUUUAGCGGGAGAUGGGGGGGGGGAGUGCUGGCCACGCCCCCAUGUCUGUAAGGCCCAAUACAGAGAAUCUCCUGGAGUAGAUUUCUGAGGGUGAGGAAAGCGCAAUAAACUGUUGGUUUCUGUCCGUCUCUGGUCCUCUCUGGGGGUGCUCAGUGUGGGC